AUGGCAGAUUAUCUCUCUGAUCAAGAUCAAGUACCUGGGACAGUCUGUCUUAUUGACCUCACUGGCCAUGACUCCUCCAAACCUCACGAUGCCUCCCACGACGACAUUGUCCUGGUUCCACGUCCCAGCUCUGACCCCAACGACCCACUCAACUGGCCAUACCGCCGCAAGCUUCUCGCUGUGAGUAUGGCAUACCUAUACGUUUUCGGCACUGGAAUUGCCACUUCUCUUCAAUACUCCGUCCUCGCAGACAUCACCGCAGACACCGGCAUCUCUACUGCAGACCUGGUCCAGGGAACUGGGGUCAUGUUUCUGUUCUUCGGUUGGGCUUGUUUGAUAUGGCAGCCAAUUGCUCUCACGUACGGACGACGUGGUGUGUAUCUCAUCAGCAUGCUCCUCACCGUGCCUAUGAUGGUAUGGACUGCGUUCUCCACCUCUGCUGGGGAGUGGAUCGCACACCGCGUGUUGAUUGGCAUCAUUGUCUCACCAAUCGAGUCUGUGUGCGAGGUCACAGUGUUUGACCUUUUCUUCGCGCAUAAUCGCGGCACAUACAUGGGACUGUAUGUCUUCAUCUUGUUUGGAUCGAACUUCACGGCACCCCUUUUUGCUGGAUGGUUCAAUGAUGCGUAUGGGUGGCGAUGGACAAUGCAUUUUGGAGCUAUCAUUUGCGCCGUGUGCUUCGUGAUCAUGUUCUUUUUCAUGGAAGAGACCAUCUACUUCCGCAAAAAUUGCAUCGAGGGUGAAGAAGCAGUUGGAGCACGAAGCUACAAUUUGGUGACAGAAAAGGAUACUUCAACCUCGGACAAGGAAAUACCUAUUACGACAACUCCGUCUCUGAAAACAUCUCCACCUGCCUCCACAACCGUAAAUAUCAACUCAGGGUGGAAGGGGUAUACCUUGUUCAAAGCCCUCCCUGGACGACCCAGCAAUAUCGACAUGCUACGCAUGGUUUAUCGACCCGUCAUCAUGAUCUUCCGCUUCCCCAAUGUCGCCUGGGCUGGUUUCCUCUACGGCAUCAACCUAGCAUGGUACAAUGUCCUCAACGGUACUGCCAGCCCCGUCUUGACCGCCGCCCCCUAUAACUGGACGGCCGCUCUUGUCGGUUGUGUCUAUACGGGCCCCAUACUUGGCGCAGCGGUUGCUUCUCUUUGGUCUGGGAAUGCAGCGGACUGGAUCGCACUUCGUCUUGCACGACGCAACAAGGGCAUUCGUGAACCUGAGCAGCGUCUCUGGGUACUUGCCGUAUCCGGUAUCAUAUCUGCGUCUGGUCUCAUCAUCUGGGGUGUCGGCGCCUACCACAAUGUCCACUGGGUUGGUUUAGUCUUCGGACUCGGUAUGCUGACAUUCGGCUGCGUGACUGGUGGGUCGAUUGCAGUGAGUUACAAUGUUGAUUGCUACAAGGAGAUUGCAGGGGAGACUACGGUGUCCAUCAUGUUGAUUCGGAACACGAUUGGGUUCGGAUUUAGCUAUGCCAUCACUCCUUGGUGGACGACGCAGGGGUUGCAGAAUUGUUUCAUUACAGCGGCUAUGAUUUCUAUUGUGUGUACGUUCACAUUCUUGAUCAUGAUUGUGUACGGUAAGCGAUUCAGGCGACGGUCUAUCCCCGUGUAUCGAAAGUAUAUGGCUACUAUGGUGAUCUCGUAG